AUGGUUAGCGAAAACCAGAAAAGUUUGUUUCUUUUCUUUUCUCCUAUCCGAGAAUUUUCGUUUCUUUUCUUUUAUUUUUUUAUUCUUUCUUUUUCAUAUCUUUUUUCCCCUCUGUCUAUCUUUCUCCCUAUUUCUUUUCUUUCUUUUGGGAUUUCUUUUUUUUUUUUCAUUUUAUUUCCGCCGUAUUUUCUGGAAUUUUUCAGUCGUUUGAACUUGGCGUUUUCCUCCUCUUUUUUCUUUCUUUGCUCGUUUUUUUUCUCCGUUGACUGUUUUGUUUCCUCGUUUCUUUCCUUCUUUUUUUUCUUUCUUCUUGUUUUUCUCUUCAUUUUUCUCUUUUCUCUUGUUUUUCUCAUUCCUUUUUCUUUCCUCUCUUGUUUUUCUCUUUUUUUUCCUGUCUCAUUUUUCUUCUUUUUCACUCUUCUUCUUCUUCUUCUUCUUCUUCUUUCUUCUCCCGCUUCUUUCCAUUUUUCUUCCUUCUUUUAUUUUUCUCCUUUUUUCAUUCUUUACUCGUUUUUCUCCUUUUUUCUGUUUCUUCUGUCGUUUCUCUCAUUUUUUAUUCUUCGCUCGUGUCUCUCCUUAUUUCUUUCUUUCUUUCUUCUCGUGUCUCUCCUUUUUUCUUUCUUUUUGCCGUUUUCUUCUUCUUUUUUCUUUCCACUCUCUCGUUUUUCUACUUCUUUUUUUUCUCUCUCGUUUUUCUUUAUCAUUCUUGUUAACGUCAUUAUUUUUUUAAUCAUUUAA